AUGGAUGACAAGAUCAAGCAUCAAGUCACCCCGGGCGUCUUUGUCCCCUACACCGACGAGGAACAUGCCGAAGCCCGUCCUGCUCCCGCCUGGUUUUACCAACCCAGCCAGCAGCGUCAAUCAAAGCUGUACCGCAUAUUUUACGUCACCCUUGUCGCGAUCGCAUUGUGCUCCGCUGGAUUUGCUGUGGGUCGGUACGCCAUGCAGAACAGCCCGAAAAUAGUCAUCGAUUCCACAACUGCGGAACCAAUGUACCCUCUAUCGGAGUCGACCGCCGACAAUGCAACUCUUGCAUUGGUGGAGCACUGGCAGCUAUUUGGCUUCACGGACACCGCGUGCACGAAGGGUGUCAGGUCUAUUGAUGUGGGAGAUGGCCCCCAAGGAUGUACUGUUGGGGGAGACAAAAUGAACGGUGUCCAGUCUUUCCGAUUUGUUGGCUUACAAGAACGUCCCGACACCGGAGUUUGCAUUUAUGGCGGUGCAAGCUGUGGGCGUAAUAAUGCCUAUACCUCGGAAUCGAAGAGGAGUCCUCAGUGUGUCACGUUGCCCCGACCAGGUGCUGCAACUCGGUUCCUGGUUCAGGCCCUCAACAAUCCUGGUGGUGGGAGAAAGUCGUGCCCUUCGGCCUGA